AUGUGCCCGGCUCGGGCUUUUCGCGACAAGGUUCUGCUCGACGUUAGGUACGACGACGACGACGACGUCCUCGUCCACAAGCUCGUGUGGAGCAUGUCCUUCCGCACGUCAAGCUUCAAGCGCGGCGACGUCCUCGGCGUUCGCGACACGCUGCGGAGUGCGCGCGGUGCCCCAAGUUCGGACUCCGCGGGACCAUUCGUGCCCCUGUGA